AUGGCACCUAAAGUCUUGAAGAUCAAGAACAGUGUUGCAGAUUCCGGUGACAGUGGUAGCAGUGAAGAAAACACUGGCGAAAAUGAAGCGGGAACCAGUUUAAAUAUUUCAAUGGAUCGCGUUAACAUCGGUUCGAAAAAGAAACUUCUGGUGAUUCCUUUACGUGGAAUCUUUGUUCACCGAGCACAUCGGUUGUGGCCGGAAACAAUUCCGAGAAACUGCCGGCCUGAUUUUCGUUACAAGAACCUUCUCGUUUACAAGAGGCCUUAUUGUGUAGACUUUUUGAAGUUUUGCUUUGAAAGAUUUCAUGUUGGAUUGUGGUCUUCUUUUAAAGAACAAAACUUGCAAGGAAUUCUGGAUAAUGUUAUAGGAGAUCUCAAAAACAAGUUGUUGUUCACUUGGGAUCAAGAACAAUGCACAGAUUCAGGUUUCAUGUGUUUGGAAAAACAAGAUAAGCCACUGCUCUUGAAGGAACUGAGUCAUAUAUGGGAUAAAAAGUACCCGAAUCUUCCAUGGAGCGAUGGAGAAUACUCCGCUUCUAACACGCUGUUGAUCACCUAUCCGGAGAAGGCCAUCCUAAAUCCUCUAUACACAGCAAUCUUUCCUCCGAGUUAUGAUCCUGAAAGCAAGAAGGAUGAUCUUCUAGGUCCAAACGGUGAGUUACGAGUGUUCUUGGCUGGGCUUGCAGAAGCGGAAGAUGUGCCAACUUAUGUGGAAGAUCACCCGAUUGGCGACCCUGAGAUAAUGCCUUCGCAUCCUGACUGGGACCAUUAUUGCAAGAUAAUUUGUUGUAUUAACAAGAAAAGACUUGGCUGUUGUAUCAGUUCUGUUUAA